AUGACAGGACCGAACCCAUUAGAGAAGAAGCUUCGGCCAGCCUCAAUAUUCAAAGCUCCCGCAACUCCCGCGCCUUCGAACCCCAUACCUUCUUCUUCGCCUGCCUUCGGGACCCCAGCCCAUCCCAUAAGACCUUUCAAUGCCGCCGCAAUCCCUCCCAAAGCCAGCAUACUUGCAAUUAUUCUUCCUCCGCCAACUUUAAGACCCCUUGCCUUUCGAACUUUCACAAAAAAGCAUAGUUUAACUCUCACAUCCUCGGCGCUCCAAGUGCUUGCUACGUUUAUUGGGAGGCAUUGUGGGACAGGAUGGCGAGAAGAGGGUUUGGCGGAGAGAGUUCUCGAGGAGGUCGCCAAGAGCUGGAAGAAUCGGUCUGGGGGAGUUAUUGUCGACGGUGAGAGUAACGAGCUAAAGGAUAUUUUGAGAAAUUUGGAAGGGAUUAUGAUUGGAGGGAGGAUUGUGGCAAGCAGAGAACUCAGUCGGCAAAAUAGCCUUGUUCUUGGAUCGUCGCAGAAUGGAGAAGUUUCCCAAACAAGGUUGGGGUUACGGCCGCAUCUUUUAACAAGAGAAGAUAGCCAGUCGAGUUUGGGCAUGUCAAGUCUAGAUGUGGAUGGCGAGGACGAGGAUGGUCUCAAAGACCCGCGGAAAUGGCUAAAAGUCAUUGAUGCAUUUGAACAACCUCGACUAGUAUAUAAUGUUGGAAAGAAGCAUUUUGACCGAGAUCCAUCAAAACCAUCUUUACUUCCUCAAGCUUCACACAAGACUCAGGUUUUCCGUAAUCGAUAUAAUCUGAUCCACCAGCGCCUUCUAAGAAACGAGUCCUUUCAAACGUCAGCAUUGGAGAUAUCGAAAACAUCUUCAAAACGCUCAUCAUCAAACUUUGGAGCCACACAGCAAUCAUACAAAUUGACACCAAUCGCAAAUCUACUCGGUCGAAAUAGAACCAAUCACAUGCUUCUAGGUUUAUUAACCAUCGCUCCAACUGGGACUUUGGCGAUAAAUGACCUAACAGGAAGCAUCGCCCUAGAUCUCACUCAUGCCAAACCGAUUCCUGAGGAUGGAGCUUGGUUCGCGCCUGGAAUGAUUGUUCUUGUCGACGGGACAUAUGAAGAGGACGACAACAACUCCGGUACCAGUCUUGGAAGUAGCGGAGGUAUAGGGGGUACUAUUGGUGGCAAAUUUAUAGGGUUCUUCAUUGGCGGGCCCCCCUGUGAAAGACGACAAGUCACGUUAGGUCUUAGUGGUACAAAUGGCGAGGGGGAUGUGACCGCUGGCGGCGGUUUUGGGUGGGUUGAUUUCCUAGGAGUUGGAAGUGAACGAGCUGUGGGAUCGAAGAUGCGAAAAUUAGAAGAGCGAUUAAUGAAACAGCCAGUUGCAGAUGAUGAACCCAGGGCUGGAAGCGGACGGAUGGUCAUAAUAGGAGAAGUCAACCUCGACCAACCCCAAACUCUUCAGGCCCUUAAGAAACUUUUGGGGAUCUAUGCAGCAAAACCAGAAGAAGACACACCAAUAACAUUCAUCCUAAUGGGCAACUUCGUGUCCCAGGCCGUUAUGGCGCGCGGCGGGAGCGGCGGAAGCAUCGAAUACAAAGAAUACUUUGACGGGUUAGCAUCCACCCUCUCAGACUAUCCCACGCUUCUCCAAUCCGCAACCUUUGUCUUCGUACCAGGCGAUAACGAUGCCUGGGCGUCAUCCUUCUCCGCUGGUGCAGCAACAGCCCUGCCUCGAAAAGGCAUCCCGGAAAUGUUCACAUCCCGUAUUAAGCGCGCUUUCACAACUGCAAACGCGGAAGCUGAGAAGGAACGAGGGAGGAAAGCCGAUGGUGAAGCAAUCUGGACGACUAAUCCUUCACGACUCUGUCUGUUCGGUCCAACACAUGAGAUUUUGCUAUUCAGGGAUGAUAUGACAGGCCGUCUACGACGGACAGCUAUUAAUUUCUCUUCUUCGAAACCAAGUGAUGAGGAUGGAGAUGAGGAUGGAAGGAUGGUAGAUACGCCCCCUCCAGCUCCAGAAGUGAGCGGAGAUAUGGACGUUGACCCAGAUACACAAACCACCGACCCUCAGCCCGCGGAGAAACCUACCAAGGAUAGUGUAUCAAGCGACUUGCACGCUGCAAGAAAACUAGUCAAAACUAUCCUAGAUCAAGGAUAUCUAUCACCAUUCGGGAUGGCAAUCCGGCCGGUUCUCUGGGAUUACACCAGUGCUUUGCAAAUAUAUCCCUUGCCUACGGCAAUGGUGAUAGCUGACACCGAAGCGCCUGCCUUUUCUGUUACCUAUGAGGGCUGUCAUGUUAUGAAUCCUGGGAGCGUCAUUGCCCCUGGAAGAAGAGGAGUAGCGAAAUGGGUUGAAUAUGAUGUACGGAGUAGAGUCGGGAAAGUUAAGGAAGCGUUGUUUUAA